AUGCAAUACUCAACUUUAUUAAUCAUUGCUUCAGCAUUAGUAGCCAAAUCUUAUGGUGCAACCACUUCUACUGCUUUGCAAACUGUCACUAAUCACCAAUCAACUGAAGUCACCAUUACUUCAUGUUCAAAUGAAGCUUGUGUCACUACUUCCAACUCAUUAGUUCCAUCAAUUGCUACAACUACUGUUGAAGGUGUUGAAACUGUCUACACUACUUAUUGCCCAUUGUCAAGUGAGGAAGCUGGUGAAGUAGCUCCAACUACUUCCCAACCAAGCACUUUAGCCGGUGAAUCAUCUGCUGCUCCAGGACCAUCAUCAACUGAAACUGUUGUUACUACUACCGUUCAAGGUGUUGAAACUAUCUACACUACUUACUGUCCAUUGUCAAGCGAGGAAGCUGCUACUACUGCUCCAGCUGCUGAAUCAACCCCAGCUGCUGAAUCAACCCCAGCUGCUGAAUCAACCCCAGCUGCUGAAUCUACUCCAGCUGCUGAAUCAACCCCAGCUGCUGCCGAAUCCAACCCAAGCACUCUUGCCGGUGAAGCAACCACCCCAGCAUCCGAAUCAGACCAAUACGUUGAUGUCACUGUAACUCCAACUGUUUCUUCCACUGAAAACGUUGAGGCCACUGAGACUGCUCAAUCAACUUUGUUCACUUCAUCAGCUGCUGCUGGAAAUUCAUCAACUGAAGCUGGUGUUUCCACUUAUGAAGCUGGUGCUCAAAGAGUAGCUGUUGGUUUUGCUGCUGUCGCUGGUUUGGCAGCUGCUUUGGUAUAA